AUGCUGGCGUUGGUGUUAUUUGCAUCUCUCACCGCCACUUUGGUGUUGCAACUAGCAGCAAGCGACUUAUCAUCCGACAUCGAAAAGGUCACCGGUGUUAGGCCGACCGUUGCGAAUUCGAGCGACCAGUCACCCUCGCGUGCCAUCAUAGUCGGUACAUUGGGAAAGUCAACUCUCAUCGAACAAGUCAUGAACGCGACUGGUUUGAAUGUCUCGAGCAUCGAAGGCCAAUGGGAAUCGUUCAUGACAGCCAUCGUCGACAACCCGAUAUCCGGAGUGGAUAGCGCGUACGUGAUUAUAGGAUCUGACAAACGAGGAACGAUAUACGCGUUGUAUGAACACUCUGAACAAAUGGGGGUGUCUCCGUGGUAUUGGUGGGCAGACGUGCCUACGGCGGGCCGCUCAGAGAUCUUUUUGACAUCAUGCGCUCAUGGACCGCCUACUGUGAAAUACCGAGGGAUAUUUCUGAACGAUGAGCAACCGUGUUUGCAGAACUGGGCUGCGGAAAAGUUUACGAAUGGAACGGGAGCUGCACUGACAGGCUCACCUUUCAACCAUCUGUUUUAUACUAAACUGUAUGAGCUCUUACUUCGUUUAAAGGCGAAUCAUCUUUGGCCAGGUUUCUAUUUCUAUGUUUCUGCCUUUGCUGUCGACGAUCCCGAAAACCAGCGACUCGCCGACGUCUACGGAAUCGUUAUGGGCACUAGCCAUGAAGAACCGAUGACACGAUCUACGCCCGUUGAAUGGGAUCUAUUCGGCACCGGCGAUUGGAAUUACACGACAAAUUCCCAAAACAUCUAUCAAUUUUGGGUGGAAGGGGUCGAGCGCGCAAAACCGUAUGAGACCAUAUACACAGUCGGAAUGAGAGGUGCAGGCGAUCUUCCCCUGAGUGAGACGACCAAUAUCGAGCUACUAGAAAAGGUCGUCGCAGAUCAACGACAAAUCUUGACUGACGUUUUUUCAAAUGUGAGCGUGGAAACGAUCCCCCAGGUUUGGACGCUAUAUAAGGAAGUGGAGGGUUACUAUGACGAUGGCAUGAGAGUCCCUGAUGAUAUUACUCUGCUUUGGUCGGAUGAUAACUGGGGAAACAUGCGCCGCUUUCCGGUCGAGAGCGAACGGAACCGCAGUGGCGGCGCCGGUGUUUACUACCAUGUUGGCGAUCCCAGGGAUUAUAAAUGGAUUACUGUCUACGAACAAAUGUCGAUAGCAGUGGAGCGCGACGCAACACGUAUUUGGAUAGUUAACAAUUUUUCUUAUCAUACUGCAUGGGACGCGUCCCUCUGGAACCCUGAUAACCUGAACACAUUUGUGUCGAGUUGGGCACAACGAGAGUUCGGUUUGUCAAUUCCUGACGCUAAUAUAGUGCAAGACGUCAUCGCCAAUCUGACGCGAUUCAACGCAAGGCGCAAGCCGGAACUCUUGAACUCGACGACAUAUAGUCUUGUCAACUAUCGGGAACCGUUGUCUACAGCAUGGGAUACACUUGUCGGCGCAGCAACAAGGAUAUACGAUCAACUUCCUGAGGAAACGAAACCGUCAUUCUUCCAGCUGGUCUAUCAUCCAGUCGUCGCAAGCGCCAAUCUGGGUAAGAUGCUCAUCUCAGCAGGACUGAACAAUCUACGUGCCUCCCAAGCGCGUCUGAGUACGAAUGACCUUGGCGGACCAGGUGCAGGACUGGAGACAGAAUAUCACACGCUGCUUGAUGGUGAUGACAGUAUGAUGGAUCAGACACAUAUCGGGUACUACUAUUGGCAGCAGCCGAUGAUGAAUUCAAUGCCUCCCAUCACGCGAGUCCCGCCAAAAAAACAAGCUUUGGCUCGUGUAAUGAGGAUCGCACCUGAAGGCACAUUGGCAGCUUGGUUCGUCAAUCCCCAAACCGUGCAGUCAUUGCGACCUGACCACUUACUCCCAGGCCUGGCGACAACCCUAAUCAGUGUGCACAAGGAUACAACUGUCCUCCACCUAACAAUCGUCUUGGAUUCCUUCGAUACAUUCCCAAAUCGAUUCAUCGACGUGGGCGCCGGUGGUCCUGUCCCGUUCACAUUCAGUAUCACCACCAAUGUAUCUUGGGUAGCGCUGAAUGCGACUCAUGGCGAGGUGUCGCCAGAGGAUCCAGAACAACGCGUGUAUGUCUCAGUGUCCGACUGGAAUACGCUCGAUGCGGGGGAUUCCUAUGCUAACAUCACAUUCACCGCACAUGCAGACGGCCAACCUGAUCUCUCUGUACCUGUCUUCUUCGUUGCCCAUAAUACAAUGCCUAGCUUGGCGUCUGAUUUCAGUGGAUUCGUGGAAGGUGCAGGAGUGGUUUCGAUGGAAGCUGCGCAUGCGAUUCGCAAUACGUCAGUUGAUGGCACCUACUGGAGAGAGUUGCCAGGCAUUGGACGCACGCUUUCCGGGAUGACACCGUGGCCUCGAACUGGGCAUGAUGGAGGGAAUUUUACUGCAGGUUCAGGACCGUCUCUGGAAUAUGAUUUCUUCACCUUCAGUGACGCGACUGAGGCGACGCCAGUGACUGUAUAUGUUUCUCCAUCGCUGAAUGCGAACGGGCUGGAUCGACCUCUUGGUGUUGCGAUAGCGCUAGACGGGGAAGUCAUGUCGUCAUAUUUCAUACCUCCUGCCGUCCCAGGUGCCCUUCCGGAUGCAUGGGAUGGUCUCGACGGUUUUGUCGCCAACUCUAUUGUUCCAAUACAGUUAUCAUUUUCCGGAAUUGAACCUGGUUCACAUACCUUGAAGAUAUUUAUGAUUGAACCGGCAGUAGUUGUGCAGAAAAUUGUUAUUGAUGUCGGUGGGCUUGAAUCAAGCUAUCUAGGCCCUCCCGAGAGUCUCUUUGUGUAA